AUGUUCACCCAACUCUGCUUCUUCAUGACUGCUCUUCCCCUCCUUGUGGCUGCGCAAACCACCACCAAAUCUCGCACCCUCGACCCAGAUCUCAAUGCCAAGCUCAAGGCGGCUGCCUCAAACUUCGACCGCCAGGCCCUGCUCUCCGACAGUGACUGGGUCUACAACUUCAACCAACAUCCCAAUUUCAACAGCCCGACUGGCGCCGUCCUCAUCGCCGAUGCAGCAAGCUUCCCUGCCCUAACAACCCAGGGCAUGACCAUCUCAAUACUAAAGCUCGCCGGCUGCGGGAUGUUGCCACCACACCUGCACCCCAGGGCAGCCAACUUGGUGACUGCCAUGAAUGGGAGCACCACCACCUGGAUGAUCUCAGAGAACGGUGUCGAGACUGUAAAGACGGAGUUGACGGCGAUGAAGAUGACCAUUUUCCCUGCUGGCAGCUUGCACAUGAUGCAGAACAAUGGCUGCGAGCCCGUCGUAUUGAUCAGCGCACUCAACAGCGAAGACGCUGGGACACUCAACGUUCUGCCUUCGCUAUGGACUGUGCAGCCAGACAUCAUUCGUGCUGGCUUUGGCGCCGAGGGCAUGAACACCCAGAGCACCGGCCAAAACAUUCCUCCCGUGGGCACAGGUGCCAUCAUUGGGAGCGCGGAAUGUAAAAAACGAUGUGGGAUCAAAGAUUAG